AUGAAGCUAUAUGGUUUGUUUCUUGUCGGCUUGGCUGCUUUAGCCGCUGCAGCUGAUGUCACACUUACAAGCUCAGGCUGUGCCGACGCAUCAGGCUUCGAAAAGUGCCAGGCCUCUGCGAACAAACAUACAAGCAGCUGCAUUGCUCAAGCUCGCCACGACAACAGCCAGGUAGAACUCCUCGCAUGCGGAUGCCAGGACUACGUCGACAACUUCAACUGCUACGCGGCUUUCUGCUGGAACAGGGUCUGGGAAUGCGAGUACCAGGAGUACAUGGUUUCGUAUUUCAUGAACUGCAAUAUUGCCAAGCAACCAGUUCCCUACUUCCCCGCUCCCAAGAAUGCGCCGGGUGCUUGCUCUUGUAACGUCGGACAAGUCUAUCUCAACAUCCAGGAUGCCAUUCAGCAGACGGCGACGUGUUCGAACGCUGCCGAUUCGGGCGAUGCCGGAAGCAAUCUGCAGCAGAUUGAGGGCUGCAACUGCUGUGAGAUCAGUGGAGCUCUGUCAAGUAUCGUAGAGAUCUGCCCCAAGACGGACCCCAACCUCAUCGGCCUGAAACAAAUCUCCACCCUCGAGUCCGAGCUAAACGUCGACUACAAGUCCUGCGGGUCAUACAUGGAGACGUACGAUUGUUCGGACAAGCUCUCGUACUCUCUGGAGGGCGUUAGCACGUACUACAAGCCUGAUGAUCCCCUCAAGACCGGUACCGCCACCUUGAGCAACAAUCCAGGCUCUGUCACGGCACCGGCCAGCGGAAAGGUGUUCUCGUAUACCAACGGAGGCGAUGGAACUGUCUAUACCAUCACUGCUGCUGGUGUCGGCAAGGGCAGUUCUGAUAGUAAUGGUAGCUCUGAUAGCGAUGGCAGUUCAGGUGCAAGCGGUGAUUCAUCGAGCGCCACUGGCACUGCGACUGCGGAUAGCAGUAAAUCUACCGAGAGCUCGAAGAAGAAUGGAGCUGAAAGGUUGGCUACUGGAAGCGUCUUAGUGAUUGGAGUGACACUGGCCAUGACCUUGGUGUCGAUUUACUAG